CUCCAAGAAAGCCGCCAUCGAAGUAAGUGCAUUACUAGUGUGCAUGGAAAAAAUGAAACGAUUCAUGCAACUGACGACGUUCAGGGAAAGCUAACUGGUUCUUUGGCGUUUGCGGUGUUCAGUGUCACGUUAGGUUCAUUCCAAUUCGGUUAUCAUAUUGGAUGUGUGAAUGCUCCGGGAGCGAUGAUCACUGAAUGGAUCAUUGAAUCACAUAACAGGUCACAUGGCACAGUGAUCGAGAAAACAACAGCAGAUGUCAUAUGGAGUGCGAUCGUAUCCAUGUUCGCAGUGGGUGGUGCAGUUGGAGGCAUACUCUCAGGUGCACUGGCUGACAAAGCUGGUCGACGUGGUGGUCUGCUCUACACCAAUAUUGUCGCCUUCAUAGCUGCUGUUCUUAUGGGAGGAGCGAAAUACAUCGAUCAGUACGUACCGAUGAUGAUUGGACGAUUUCUUAUUGGAAUAUACGCCGGCCUGAGCGUCCUUGUGCCCAUCUAUUUGACAGAAGUCUCUCCUACAAAUCUUCGCGGAAUGUUGGGUUCAUUGCAUCAACUCAACAUCACAAUAUCUAUUUUGAUUUUCGGCUUGCCGCAAAUUUUCGGCACUCCAGAUAGAUGGCCGCUCAUAUUCUGGUUCACAGUCGUACCUGCACUCGCGCAGGUCGUCACCCUGCAGAUGGUACCAGAAUCACCGAAAUUUACGCUCUGUGUUAGAGGGAAUGUGGAACAAGCAACAACCGAUUUGGAGAACUUACGAGGAUCAAGAGACGUGAGCCUGUGUUCUUUUUCUAGCGCGCUUUUCCUCCAAACUGCUGAAUUACCAGUGAAUCCAAUUUCCAUCUCAAAUAGGCUACAGGCCUUUGUAUUCCGCGACCUGAAGGAGAAUCGUAUCAACGCUACAAUGUUCUACUCGACAUUCAUCUUCAAACAAGCCGGUCUGUCGGAUCAGGGAGCUGUAUUCGCUACUAUCAGUAUGGGUACCGUGAAUGUGUUGAUGACAGUCGUGUCUGUGUGGUUGGUUGAUCAUCCAAAAGCAGGACGUCGAAUGUUGUUGAUUGUGGGUCUGGUUGGUAUGUGGAUAUCGACAGUACUGUUGGUGGUUUGUAUCUCGAUGAGUAUGGGUGGACAUCAGUGGGCCAGCUAUGGUGCCAUUGCCUUCGUCCUGUUGUUCGUCAUUUCAUUUGCUGCCGGUGCAGGAUCGAUCCCAUGGUUCUUCGUAUCGGAGAUUUUCGCCUCAAAUGCACGAGGAAAUGCCAACUCAAUUGCAACAAUGACUAAUUGGGGAGCAAACGUGGCGGUUGGCCUCACUUUCCUCCCAAUUAACAAUUAUCUGCAUCAAUAUUCGUUCCUUGUGUUCACUGCGUUCUUGACGUUCUUCCUAUUCUUCGUUAUCAAAUACGUGCCCGAGACGAAAGGCAAAAGCAUCGAGGAAAUCACUGCUGAACUCGAGAAGAAGUAA